AAGGCAGUCACAAGUAGGAGAUACUGCCAGAGUGGAGACAACAGCACAGGAGGACAACAUAGACCUCAUCUAACUCCUUUAUUGAGUACAAAUCUCUUCCUACAUUUUAUAUAUGCAGUUAACUUUAUAUUUUUUUUAUAUAUGGAAUAGAUACUGUAUAUCAGGAGCAUCAAGGUGAGAUCUUGUCUAGGACAGUACUGAGGGCACUUGUACAUGGACCUUGUGUACUAAUACUGUAUUACUGAUUCAUUGAGUAUUGUUGGAAGUAACAUAGUCCAGUGAGUACAAUGAAUGCAGACAGCAAGCCUGUUCCCCUGCGCUGUGUGCUCAUGACUAUUAGUAUGGGGGUCCUUCUGAUUCUUCUCAGCGCCUGUCCUGCUUGUACCCAUAAGAACAGAGGAUCUAAAUUUGAGGAUGCCUCCAUCACAGUUCUACCCUCAGUCGGGAUACCUGUACUUACACCCCCAGAACAGAUUGACACCACAGUAGAGAAGUUACUGAGGAAAGGGACAGGAGCACAAGCUACCAAAUAUUCCCCCAAGAACUCCUGGCUCUUUUUUCUCAAGCACUCUGACCGUGACGCAAAAAACAAGAAAAAGGGACAUGAGGACUCUCUGCGAAAUCAUCACUCGGGACCGAUUGGCCCUCCAGCGCCUUCAAGACAUCAUAGUCAUUCCAUCAAUCAUGUCUCCAGGCAGAAGAAACUUUCGCAAUUCCUGCAGCUCAUGAGCGAUGUUCUCCUGAAACAGAAGGAUGGCGAACAGUCUCUAGCUCCUGUAACUAUUCCAACUGUGCUCCCUACAAAAGUGCAUGCAGCCUUUACCUGUAAGACUAUCGGAGAUAUCCAAGUGGAAUCUGGAGAGAUGAAGGAACUUCAGAAUUACCAACGGCAUCUUCUGGAGGGAUCCUUUUACAGAGGAGCCGGCCUGAAUUCAACCAGCGGUCGAUAUACCGCUCCAGUCACAGGUCUAUAUGCCUUCUUUGCAAGACUCCAGAUUGAUUUUCAGAAACCGGCUCAGCACUGGGAUACCCCGGGUUUUCUAUGUGUGCAGCUCUGUAUCCUGUCCCUUUGCCAGGAAAAAUUGUCCCUGCAACAAAUUGGCGCUUUUACCAGCAGCGAGGUGGCAGCUACAAUCACGUUGAAUGGAGUAUUGUAUAUCCAGGCGGGCGAAUACGUGUCACUUUUCUUGGAGAACAGGAUAAAAUCUUGGCUUGUGCUGGAGAAGGGCUCCGAUUUCAGCGGUGUCCUCUUAGGACAGUGAUCUAUGAUGUCAUUCUAUCCUCUAUAUUUUCUAAUUUAAUAACUUGCAUUAAAUAUUUUGUAACUUAAAUGGGUAUUCCCAUCACAUACAAUGGGGGCAUAUCGCUCGGAAAUGCCCCCACUGUCUGAUAGUCCCAGAGGUGGGACCCGCACCUACAACGAGAACGGAGCGGGGAGAGCUGUGGCUGGA